GGUAGGGAAAGGAGCAGGAGGGGAAAGAAGGAGCGAGAGACUAAUGGGGAGGCUGGGUGCUUGGUCUCAACUCCGGCGCCUAAUGGCGACGCCAAGGUCUCCCCUUUCUCCGCCGCACCAAUCCCUUCUCCCAUCUCCUCCUCUCUCUCCACUUCUCCCUAAGAACAGUUGCCCUCUCUCAUCUCUUUUGAGGUUCUUCUCGUCGAAUCCAGCCAUCUCUGGUGCGUAUGAGUGUGGUUUUGUUGGUGGGCAUCAGGUUUGUAGCCAUAUGAGUGCGUUGGAGUCUGGGGACGAGGAGGACGUGGUCAGAUACAUACCUGUUAAGGCCUACUUCCUCUGUACUAGUAUUAAUUUGAAGAGCAUGCAGACCGACAAUGCGUGCAGUGUGAUUCCGCCCGCUUCUCGUUCGUCAAAUUAUGUUGCCCUCCGCUACUCUGAUUUCCCUCCAGAAAUUACGGAAAAAAAUUCUGAGAGAAUUUGAGGCCUGCAUAUUAGAUUAUUAUCAAUGUUAUGAAGCACAAUGUAUAGAUGACAUCGGAGUCAAGGAGAAUGGACAUUGCUACCGCUACAUGGUUGUAUUCCAGUAUGGUUCUGCUGUUUUGUUCAACAUUGCAGAUCAUGAAGCUGAACCAUUCCUAGAUUUAAUUCGGAAACAUGCUUCUGGUUUGCUCCCAGAGAUGAGAAAGGAUGAUUAUGCUGUAGUUGAAAAGCCAUUACUUGAUACAUGGAUGAAAGGAGGACUUGACUAUAUAGUUCUUAAAAGUUUGGAUAUUGAUGGGAUACGCAUAAUUGGAAGUGUACUUGGCCAAAGCAUUGCGCUUGAUCAUUAUAUACGACAGGUUGAUGAUAUGGUUGAGGAAUUCACAGAUAUAAAUCGUGAUAUGGAAAAGACUGGAACUUUUACCAUGAAAAGGAAGAAGCUAUUUCAACUUGUUGGGAAGACAAACUCAAGUCUAGCUGAUGUGAUUAUAAAGCUAGGGCUUUUUGAUAGGUCUGAGAUUGCUUGGAAAAAUGCAAACUAUGCCCAGAUUUUGGAGUAUCUCCGAGAAGAGUAUGAACUGACACAACGCUUUGGAAACCUUGAUUUCAAACUGAAAUUUGUAGAGCACAACAUCCAUUUUCUUCAAGAAGUCCUUCAGAACAGAAGAUCUGAUCUCUUGGAAUGGGGAGUCAUUAUAUUGUUAACCAUCGAGAACAUCAUUUCGAUGUACGAAAUCAUCAAAGAUUCCAACAUAGUCCCAUCUUGAGAUGCACCAGUGACCUACUACCUCAACCAUAUCCUGGCAAUGCCAUGGAGUUGGCUCCCCAGUCUUUCCUCCCAAGCCUUCCACCCCAAUAUUCCUCAGUUUUUGUCGUCUUCGCUCCAAGUAUACCUCAAUAUGCUAUACCAUUUCUCCUUGUCCCCAAUACUCGCAGUUAAAAAAACAUUUUACCAUAUAUUUCAGAGAAUCCAUUCCCUUAUGGAGAGUUGGAUGUGGACCAUUUACCUCCAACAUGUCCAUUAACCUUGCAAUCUUUGAAUUUUUUGUAGCUUCUUUGACCCUGUUGGCUCCCCUCUUCAGUCACUCUAAUUUUAGAAAUUGAUUUUUAGUGUCUUAGUUUCAGUAGCACACCUCUAACCCUCCUAUAUAUUGAGCAGUUUCCCUUAAAUACAGUACCCUGAAAUUCUUAAGAGGGUUCAUGUUUAGAUAAAUUCUUCAGAAAUCACUGCACUUAGAUUCUUUUUUCUUUUGAUUCACCAUUGGGUGAUUCAUCUUCCCAGAGUUUCUGUGAGCAAACAGAAACUCAUGGAUGAAAUUAUUAUGACAUAUUGAUUCAUUUUUUCAGUUGACUGCUGUUGAGCAAGUGUGUACUGUGUUUUUCCCUUCUAAAGUCUUUUGUGGCACACUGUAUUCUAUUUCGACAGGAGAGAAUGAAGACCCAUGAUGUGUUCCAAAUUAUUGUUAGACUGCACAAUUAAUAGUUAAGUAUCAUCGAGGUCAACCAGUUAA